GCGGCAGCAGCCCGGGGGGUGUGCAAGGUGAUGUGUUUCCACCCCUGGUCGGACCUGACGCUCCCCCUCAUGUCCCUGACGGAGAUCCGGGCUGUCAUCGACACAUGGGCAGAGCUGGCAGCUGAGCUGGGUUCCUCCUAUCCCUGGGUGCAGAUCUUCGAGAACAAGGGAGCGAUGAUGGGCUGCUCCAACCCACACCCCCACUGCCAGGUGUGGGCCAGUAGCUUCCUUCCCAACGAGGCGCGCCUGGAGGACCGGACCCAGCGGCAACACCUGAGCCAGCACGGUGUGCCCAUGCUGCUGGAGUAUGCUGAGCAGGAGGCUCGCCGAAAGGAGCGGCUGGUGGUAGAGAACGUGGACUGGCUGGUUGUGGUGCCAUACUGGGCCACUUGGCCCUACCAAACCCUGCUGCUGCCCCGCCGUCACGUCGGGCGCCUCCAGGACCUGCGCGAGGGCGAGAGGGACAGUCUGGCUUCCAUCAUGCAGAGGCUGCUCAUCAAGUACGACAACCUCUUUGAAGUCUCCUUCCCCUACUCCAUGGGCUGGCACGGUGCCCCGUCCCCUCCGGAGGCCUGGGGGCACGGGCAGCCCCAUGCCCACUACUCCCCCCCACUGCUCCGCUCUGCCACCGUCCGCAAGUUCAUGGUGGGGUACGAGAUGCUGGCGCAGGUGCAGCGGGACCUCACCCCAGAGCAGGCAGCCGAGCGCCUGAGGAGUCUCCCUGAGGUGCACUACAAGCAGAGGACCAAGGAGACAUCCUGA